AAUUAACUUGCUUUCUAUAUUUUCAGAUUCAGAUUCAGAUUCAAUUUAAUUGUCAUUGUCAGUGUACAGUACAGAGACAACGAAAUGCAUUUCCCAUCCCGAUGAAGGUUCACUGACCUGAAACAUUGAUUUUUGCCUUUUUUUAAUUUCAGAUUCCCAGCAGCCGAGGUUCUUUUCUUGUAAUUUAACUGGCAUUUUGCUGCAGUGGCUCCUCUGUAGCUCUUGUCGCCAUUUACGCUGAGAAUGGCACCUGUUGCAAUGGCCUGGUCUAUGCUUGUCAAACAGACAGUCUUUGGCAGUCUGUGAGAAUACUCACUUACUUUUCACCGGCAUUCCACUAAGACUGAGGAUAUUGGACUCUGGACAUUUCUGAAGUGACUGAAGAAUCCAGCGAGAAAUGUCACAGAUGGGACAGGUGGUGUUUGAUGGGUCUGCCGCCGAUGGACACGUGGGUGAAAGUGACGAGAACGUGGAGCGAAGCAACUGGUCCUCGAAGACCGACUACCUGCUCUCAGUGAUCGGCUGUGCUGUGGGUCUGGGCAACGUCUGGAGAUUCCCUUACCUGGCGUACAGGAACGGAGGAGGUGCAUUUCUUAUUCCCUACUUACUAAUGUUGGCAAUGGCUGGGAUGCCGGUAUUUUUCUUGGAAUCGUCCUUUGGGCAGUUUGCCAGCCGUGGACCAAUUGCAGUAUGGAAAGCUGUGCCAAUGUUACAAGGUGUGGGGAUCACUAUGAUCUUUCUAUCAGUGAUUUCAGCUAUUUCCUACAACUGCAUCAUCGCCUACAGCCUAUUCUACCUGUUUGCCUCCUUCCAAUCCCCUCUGCCAUGGUCAGACUGUUUCAGCUGGUGGGGUGCGGAUGAAACCUGCAGUCGGACACCCAGAGAUCCGUUCUGCAACCUCACUCUGGACAGCGGUUAUUCAGACGUCGUGAAUACAACCUGGCUGCAGGCAAACAACAAAACCUGUUCCAAUGGAUCGGAAAUCUAUGUUCCUCACCAAGGCCCCACCGAGCAAUACUGGGAUAAGAAGGUUUUACACCGGUCAAGGUCGAUAGAUGAGAUGGGGGAGAUUGUCUGGCACGUGGCUCUCUGUCUGCUUCUGGCCUGGCUGAUAGUUGGGGCCGCCCUGUCUAAAGGAAUCAAAUCUUCAGGAAAGGUGGUUUAUUUCACUGCAACAUUCCCAUACGUAGUUCUAACCGUACUUCUGAUCCGAGGACUGACCCUGGAGGGAGCCCGGAAAGGGAUUGAAUUCUACAUUGGAAACCAGUCGGACUUCUCAAAGCUCGUUGAUGCUGAGGUUUGGAAAGAUGCUGCAACACAAAUAUUCUAUUCUUUUGCAGUGGGAUGGGGUAACUUGAUAACCCUGUCGUCCUACAACAAAUUCCACAACAACUGUUUCAGAGACACCAUCAUUGUCUGUGUGGUGAACUGUGCCACAAGUGUGUUUGCCGGAUUUGCCAUCUUCUCCGUCCUGGGACACAUGGCUCACGUACAGGACAAGCCUGUUUCAGAGGUCGCUCAGUCAGGUUUCGGUUUGGCUUUCAUCGCCUACCCAGAGGCACUUGCGCAGUUACCGUGGGCUCCUCUAUGGUCCUCUUUGUUUUUCUUCAUGCUGAUCACACUGGGAAUCGACACUCAGUUUGGAACAUUUGAAACAAUUCUAACAUCCCUUAUGGACCAGUAUCCCAAGCAUCUGCAAUCAAAACGCCUUUUGUUGACGGCUGGUGCUUGUGCAUUGCUAUUUCUCCUCGGUCUUGUGUAUGUAACACAGGCAGGAAUUUACUGGAUGCAUUUAACCGAUUAUUUCUGUACUGGAUGGAUUCUCGUUACAGUCGCUCUGCUGGAACUCAUCGGUCUUAGCUGGAUAUAUGGGGUAAACAGAUUCAUCAAGGACAUUGAGAUGAUGAUUGGGGAGAGGAGCUGGCUGUUCUGGCUGUGGUGGAAAGUGUGCUGGUGUUUUAUCUCGCCGUGUUUGCUGGUGGUAAUCUUAGCCUGGUCUUUGGCGACAUUUACCCGACCAACAUUCGGACACGUUCAGUACCCCGUCUGGGCAGUAGCACUCGGCUGGUGUAUGAUCAUCUUCUGCAUUAUGUGGAUCCCCAUCAUUGCCAUCGUGAGUGUUCUCCAAGCUGAGGGCUCCACAUUGUAUCAGAAACUUUCUGCUGCUUGCAGAUCAGCUCCUGAUUGGGGUCCAUAUUUGGAACAGCACAGAGGGGAAAGAUACCGAAACGAGCCUGAUGCUGCUGAUUCCCCGAACACUAUGGAACUUCUACUUAGAGUGUAAAUUAUUGGGAAAAGACCCAGUGUCACCAGUGAUACUGCAUGCCUUCCCUUUAUAGUCUGUUACAUGAUUCUUAAAGUCACCAUGAAGCUAUGUACUAUGAUAUUUCCAUCUAGGGAAAAGGGUUGUGACGGACUAUCCUAUCUAUGCCUCCCAUAAUUUUAUAUACUGUUAUCAGGAAUCCCCUGUAGAUUGGCUAUGUCAUACUAGCCAGUUAUAGUGUUUGUUAGUAGUGACUCCGCCUACUAUGUACUUCAUAUUAUCAAGAGCCUACUUACACUAGUUAGAAUGAAUAGCAGCUCGGUGAUGGGAUUACUGCAGAUCCUUGCUAUACGUGAAUUUAAUAAAUAUGUGUUGU